AUGUCACGCAUCCCCGAGUUCCAGGCCGCAAGGCCCAUCGGAAAACAGCCCUGGCCCUGGUACAGGGGCGAAGGCGGCGGCCACGUCUACCCACCGGAGGAGGCGGGCGCCAACUACGACGGCCCAACCCGCGUUGUGUGGAACCAGCUGGCCGCCACCGGAGAGUACUUUGCAAUCAAGAGCCUAUCAAAAGAUUUCCUGGAGGGCGAGAGCGGCACCGUGCUCGCCAUGCUGGAGGCUGAGGUGGACGCCCACCGCCGGAUCUCUACCCCCGCCGUGCCGGCCCUGCGCGACGUCGUUCAUGAUGACGAGACCGGCCAAGUGCACCUCGUUUUCGACUACGGCGGCGCUCCCAUCUUUGACGUCAUUGACAGGUCCUGCACGCAAGAGGGCGCGGCGCACAACACGGCCGUGGCGGCUCACGCGACGGCGACGCUGCUGCUCGCGCUGCACCACCUGCACGAGGCUGGCUACUCGUACAACGACAUGAAGCCCCAGCAGCUGCUGUGGGCCGCCUCGCUCAAGGCGCGUGAUUUUCCCGUGAAGCUGACAGACUUUGGAGCAGUGACCAAGAUCGGCUCCGGCGAGCUCUUGGCUACCUCCUGCAGCUACAUGCCGCCCGAGGCGCACGCCACCGUGGUCAGCGGCGCCGACGCCCGCGGCCCCGGCGGCCUCGGCUCCACCCUCGGCCCCGCGUUCGACGUCUGGGGCGCCGUGCUGAGCAUCGCCACCAUCGCCCUGGACGGCUUCAACCCGUUUGAGGCGCCGUUCUACGUGAAGAUGGACAACCCCGAGCCCUAUCCACGCGUCCCCGGCGGCAGCUGGGACCCCUAUGAUGCCCAGGUGGUGCUGGAGCAGCCAACUGCCUAUGAGGACGCCCCCGCCUGGGACUACCUUGAUCCCGACCUGCAGGACUUCAUUCGGGCCGGCCUCCACCCGAACCCUGAGGAGAGGCCCACCAUCAGCCAGCUCAUGGACACGGCAUGGGGCCGCCGCUGCCUGGCGCCCCUGAUCGCGCCCGCCGUCGGCGAGGACGACGAGGGGUGCGGCGUGCAGCCGGGCGAGCAGUCCUUUGAGGAGCAGCCAGCGGCGGCGCCGCCGCUGCCGAGGCUGGAUGAUGAGCAGGACAAUGCUGAGGGUGAGGGUGAGGGCGAGGGUGGCGCCACCGCCGCCGCCGCCGCCGCCGCCGCCGCCGCCGCCACCGCCUCGGGCGAGGAGUCUGGGGCCUGCGCGCCGUCCACGCAGCUCGGCAGCGGCCCCGCCCAGCUGCCGGCGCCGCGCCAGAGCGAGCGCCUGGGGGAGCAGGUGGCGGAGACCUGCGCCCCGCUUAGCCCCAGCCUGUCCGCCGGCCUGUCUGCCGCGGACGGCGACGCCGCCGCCAUCAUCAGCCUGCUGACCGCUGAGAUCCAGUUGGUGCGGUCUGAGCGCGACGACGCACGCCAGCAGCUGCUCGACGAGCGGCUGGAGGCCCGCGCGUGCAUGGAGCGGCUGGAGUCGCGCAUGGGCGAGAUGGGGCAGCAGCUCAAGGCGCUGACAGAACAGCUGCUUGCGCUGCAGGCCGGCAAGGGGCAGCAGGGGCUGUCCCGCCUGCAGUCCGGCGCUGGGGCCGGCAGCCAGGCGUCUGAUGCGGCCACCCCCUCGCUCGACGCCGGCUCCCGCGGCGCGCACCUCAGCAGCGGCAGUGGCAGCAGCGGCCGCAGCGGCCGCGGCCGCGGCCGCAGCAGCAGCAACUGCGGCUGCGCAGGCGCUGCUGACGCGCCCAAGAGCAGCAGCAAGGGCGCCGGCGCGCGCGUCUUCAAGGAAAUGUGGGGGGAUAUGAAGGCGGCGGGGCGGGUUGUGGCUGGCUGGUUUGAGGAGGCGCUGAUGGGGGUGCAGUCGAAGAGCAAGGGGCGCGGCUGCGCGGGCGAUGCGGCCGCAGCCCCGGCGGGCCCCCAGAAGCGGCGCUUUCUGGGCAUGCGCUCAGUGAUGGCCCUUGUCUGA